UUAACGUUGUUUGGGAUUUAAGUCGGUGAAAAUAUUCUUAUUUCAAAUCGUUUUAAGUCGUCAAACAAUGUAAAAAUAAAUUUUUAGCAUGCAUGAAUGUUUAGCAUUUUCUGUGUGUGUAUGUUAUCUAUAGAGUCAGUUCGGUAGGCGGUAAAAGAAAUGAAAAAUCUAUGUGUACAUGUGUACAUGUAUAUUAACCACCCAGUAGUGACGACUGUUCUCCAUGACGUCAUCGGUCUGUACAUCUCCUAUUCCAAGGAUGCAAGUUUGACGGGAGUGUCUUUUAUUAUUUAACAGCUUUGCGAAAUAGUUUCGUUUUGAGGCAGUAGUCGCAAUUUAGCAUAAUAUCAGCAGUAAAUAAAAUGGGCUUUGCACUGUAAUCGUCUGUGUCGGUGAAGUGAAAUCGAUUGAAAGAUAUAAAAGUACAUACAUCUCAUGGAAACGCAACAAGCGUUGAUGCACGAGGCACGCAUCGAUUUCACCGGGAAAACAUGAGUGGCAGAAAUAAGAGACAGAGCGACGCGAGCCCCGUGGCUAAUAGCGAGUUUCAAGUGCAAUGCGAAUAUUUUACUGGAACGGAUGUACGUCGGAAAACAAAGGGCAUGGCACACCUGUAGAUACGAAAUGCCGGACUAGUGGAAAUUGAAGAGUAGAGAAUAAUAAGCAGAGAGCUGUAGUGCAGAAGAUAGAGAAAAGAAUUGAUUGGUACGUAGUAACAGAGCAUCCUGCAGGAGCAAGUAAGGAUAAUGAGUCACGCUCAGCAGCAUGUACUUGCAAGUGCAAUAGUUCUUGCUCUCAUAGUGGUCUUCGGCAUCCAUGUCUUCCUGUUUCCCAUGUACACAUCCAACCCACCAGCUCGUCAUAUUAAGAUUUCAACUUAUGAACAAGCUCUUUGUCGUACCACAUUAAAAAAUAUCAGAAUACCACCAGAGUGGAGAAAUCCAUGUCCGAAAUAUGGAAUAGUUUCUGCAGUCCAAGGUGGCAGGCUUGGCAAUCAAAUUUGGGAGUAUGCUUCGGUGUGGGCAACCGCCAGACGGACUGGCCUAGAACCAUUCAUGCCACGCUGUAUACUAAGGACUCUAGAAGAGUACUUUGAAAAUCUUAGUAUCCCACCACUUAGUUACAUUGGGAGAUGCAGUCUAGAUGUUAGCCAAGUUGUUAAUUCUCUGGGACAAUGGAAUAGCACGGAGCAAAAUAUCAUAAUACCAAGACAUGCGGCUUAUUGGUCUCUCAUUUUGGUGUGGUUGGAUGAUGUACGAAGAGAGUUUACUUUUAAGCUAAAUUUGAGAAUUUAUGCAGAGAGAGUACUGAAAGAAAUAGGCGAAGAAUUCAACUUGCCUGAACCAACAUUCGUAAGCAUACACGUAAGAAGGACAGACUACAUAGACUAUUUGUGGCAGAAAUUGAAAAUUAGACCUGCUCCCGUUAGCUACUAUUUCGCGGCAAUGGAUUACUUUGCUGGCAAGUAUAGUAAUGUAGUUUUUGUAGUGACUAGCGAUAAUAUAGUUUGGUGCAAGUACAAUUUGCAUAGUAAACGACAUAGAAUCAAAUUUGUAUCUGAUGUGGAUGCAAGAGGUCCUGGCAAAGACCUGGCAGUUUUAUCAGCAUGUAAUCACAGUAUUAUAGAUUAUGGUACAUAUGGUUCAUUUGGAGCAAUUUUGGCUGCUGGUGAAACUGUGGUGUACAAUGUAACAACAUACUUUUCUACAUUGAUUGCUGAAGUUUUGCCAAACUGGAAAAUAAUGAGUUGAACAAAAAUCAAAAAGAUACUUUUUACGAAUCUCACAUUAGAAAUAACAUGUGUACAAACACUUUAUGAAAAAUACUUUUUAUACGGAGUAUAAAUAUUCGUUUUAUUCAACAUUAUUAAAACACAGAGAACACUCCUCUGUUGUUUACAUACACUAAAAAAAUAUUAAAAUUUAAGUUUUAACGAAUUUUUAAUUUAGUAGAAUUAAUGCUUUGUUCCAUGUAAAAAUUCAAAGUUAUUUUUGCAUUAUUCAUAAUGAAACAACCAAAUGAAAGUGUAUCGUUAUAUUUCAAAAAGUUUUUAUCAAAAUGAUAUAUCUACGAUGCUGAUAAAUUGCUUAGAAAUAAUAUGCAUAGUUUUUCACUUGAUUAUUGCACUAUUAGGUAAAUAUUAGAGAACUAUGCACCCAUAAUGGUAGUAAGAAAAUUUACAUAUUUUAAAAAAUUUGUAAAAAUCUAACAUAGAAGAGGGAUACAACGGAACAAUGGACCACUAAUGUCUAAAAUUAAAACAGAUACUUAUUUUUUUUA